CUAGCACUCUCUCGAGAAGCGGCGAUCCGUGGUUGCGCGGGACAAGGCUGCGCCUCCCGUCUUUCCUCCAGCGGUGUGUUGCAUUAGGACAUGCUUCUGAAAAGGCAGCCGCCCCACCAGAACAACUGCCAUGCCCGCAAAGCCACCCAGCUCGACGACGCCUACCCAGCUUGGAAACUGACCCUGAGAAGGAAGGGAGUCGCAGUCGACGCUUCGACAGAGCCUCGGUCUUUCUUUCCCGGAGGCGGUCGCCUGGCCAUGCUCGAGUGUCCAGCAUGGAUCGCGGAACGGGUCUCGCAUCACCGCCUCCAAGCGCGGUCCCAGCUGAGAGCGGCCAGGCGGCGCUGGGUCAUAGCCGGCAGGACUCUCCCACCGCAUGCAUUCAGUGCCGGCAUCGAGGUGUGCAGUGCGAUGGCACUCGUCCGGCCUGUCAUCCAUGUUCCGGGUCUGGCGGAGAGUGCGUCUAUGAGCCUGGAUCCGAACAGUCACGCUCAGCCGCGUACAAUGCAAAGCUGACCGAGCUGCUGGCCGAAAAUGCUUCUCUAGGCGCAAUCCUGAACAAGGUGACAUCAAUUCCCCAAGAAGACGCCAAAGAACUGCUACGCCAGUGGCGUGCCGGCGCUGGCAACGCUCAGCACGCGGAGUCGUCCCAUACGACCAUCGACGAGGCUGUUGACAAAACGAUACCGCGCGAAUCACAAGUACUGUGGCUUCGCCGCCCUGGCUGUCCACCGUUCUUGUUUCCUGCUGAAUCGACGUUUCGUAUCGCGGCUCAGGACUUCCUUAGUUCCACAUCGACUUUGCUUCACUUGGUGAACCCUAACGAUGUGGAAAGUUACCUUGCUGAGUUCGCAAGCGGCAUUGAGGAUACUCCCAAGCACCUUCUGGCUGAGAUGGCUGCGCUUUUUGCUGCCGCUGCACCGUUCUGUGCUGGUCUUGUUGUCAAAGACGUUCGAGAUGCAGUAGCCGGAACUGCCGUGAACUUGCUCCAUGACGUAUUCGAGAGCAACCCAAUCAGUGCCCUCAAAUCUACCUGCCUUCUCGCAAUCGCCUUCAUUAUCAAGAAGGCACUUAUUGCGAUGAAUUACAUUGACUUUGGAUUACGAAUUGGCGAGGCGAACCAACUGCACACUAGGCUGAAGCCACUGGGUAUGGACAGCGUGGUUUGGAUUCGUAGUAAGAAGAUUUUUCGAACCUUGGUUUUCUGUAAAAGCUGGCUAAGCACUACGCUCGGCUUUUUAAUUGACACGCCCUUUUCGAGGAGUGAAAGCCUAGGUACUAGCGUCCUCGAGGCUCAGGAAGGCGAUAUUGAAGACAUGGCCCAGAUGCAGAUUACCAAAAUGUCUAUUGUCAAAGCAAAGAUCUUUGCAUCAUUCAGGCAACCACACAUAUCUCCAACCCUCAUUUACGAGUAUCGAGCUGCUGUGAGCCAGUGGAAGGAAGAACUGCCGUAUUCUAUGCAGCUCGACAACCUCCUCCAGAUAGAGGAUCUACGUUAUCGUCGCAUACUAUACUCCACGCAUUUAGUAUACUUAUGUUCGAUAACUUUGCUCUACCGAUGCGUGCUCGUUGAGCAUGUUGAACGAAGCUCCCUUAGCGCACGUCCAGAUGACAACCUUUUUCAAGCCUCAAUGACUAUUGCCCAGGAGGGGUGUUUUUGUGCCAUUCAGAAAAUAAGAAUAGUCAACCUGCAACUAGAAGAAGGCACAAUGCUUCCGAAAUGCUGGCUUUGCAUGUUCUCCACAUACGUAUCAUGCGCCCUUCUCCUCCACGAGGCGUUCCUAAAGCUCUUGUGCACUCCGUACAGAGCAGAUGUCUCACGUGAAAUGGAAGCCGUUCAAAUGGGAUUAAAAAUCUUGAAGUUCUGUAAGACCCACAACGACAUUGGAGCCCACUUUUAUCGCACUAUUGCGACUUAUACCGCUAUAUUACAAGGAGAGCUUAAUGGAGUUAAGCAGCUAAUUACCCAAGCAAACAUCACGGAGGUUGGUCCCCAGACGCAGCAGUUCUUUCCAUUCCAAAUAACGCCACCAGGCGGAACAAUUAUCCAUCGAGCGUCUCGAGAUAUGAUCCGGAUUCUGAGUUAUCCUCUCGGAAGCACGUCCGAAGUCCAGCCUCACUCUGCUCGUGUGCCUGACGUGCUUGGAACCGCUGAGGAAGCCGUUCUCGGUCUGCAUCUAGACUGGAUGUGUGGUGGCCACCGGAAGGAGACAAAAUCCUAGCUUAUUCGCACUGAUCAGUGCCUAGAGGCGUCUAAUUUGAAUCCGAACUUGAUCGUUGAUUCAAUCCCACCUUUUGGCUGGUCAUGAAGUGCACAGACGAUCGCUUGCUCGGCAUUGAGUCUUCAGAAUGGGAUCUUGAGCUGUGAAUAAGUUU